GCAAUCACCCCCCUUCCGCCUUUCCAACCAGACCUGUACCAGCGCGCCUGGUCCUCAGUCCCGCACCCGACCCUCCCGCUGCUCGCAACCGCCCACGCCAAGUCCACCACCAUCUUCUCCCUCGCCACAUUCACCAAACACAGCGCCCUGACAGGGGGCCACUCCCGCUCGGUGCGCGCCGUCGCCUGGCAGCCCUCGUCCGGCAGGAAUGUGCAUAGGCUUAGGUUGGUCACGGGCAGCUUUGAUGCCACCGCCGGUAUGUGGAGUUAUGGCUAUGGGGACUCGGAUGGGUAUGAGGCCGAAAGGGAGGAGGGUGCGGAUGGGGAGGGGUUGGAGAGGGAAGUUAGGUUGAAGGAUGAUCAUGACGAUGAGGAUGGUGAUGAUGGUGAUAAUGCGGGGGACAAGGAGUGGGAGUUUAACCUUGUUUUGGAAGGGCAUGAGAACGAGGUGAAGGGGCUGGCGUUUUCCCCAAGCGGGCAGUUCCUCGCUACGUGCAGCAGGGAUAAGUCGGUUUGGAUAUGGGAGGAUGUUGGCAACCCUGGUGGUGGUGGCGAGGGAGAGGACGACGACGAUGGGGAAUGGGAGACUGUGGCAGUGCUGAACGAGCACGACGGCGAUGUCAAAGCCGUCGCGUGGUGUCCUGACCUGCCCGGCGCAAAGGCCAGGCGGCAUAACUACAGUUCUGAUGUCCUGGCUAGUGCCAGUUAUGAUAAUACCGUGCGGAUAUGGCGGGAGGAUGCCGAUGGAGAAUGGGUCUGUGUUGCCGUGCUGGAGGGGCAUGAGGGGACCGUUUGGGGCCUGCAAUGGGAGGGACGGGAGAGGAAGGGCGGCGCGUUUCCCAGGUUGCUGACCUUCUCGGCGGAUGGGACGAUAAGGAUCUGGACGCUAAAGGAGGAACCUGAGGAGGAAGAGGAGGGAAAGGAGCAAGGCGGGGAUAAUCCGUUCAAGUCUGGCUUUGCUGGGAUUCCGAAUACCAUGCGACGGUCCAUCAGGGAGGAGUGGGUUUGCACAGCAGUGCUGCCUAAGGUGCAUACGAGGGAUGUCUACUCCGCCUCUUGGAGUGCCGAAACAGGGAUGGUGGCCAGCACUGGAAGUGAUGGGGUCAUUGCGCUCUAUGCUGAGGACGAUGAGGGGACCGAGCUUGCAUCCGUGUCGGGAGCGGCAAACGGUACUUCCAAUUCGACAAGCAGCUGGCGAGUGCUGGGUACCGUUCCCAAUGCACACGGUCCGUAUGAGAUCAACCACAUCACAUGGUGUAAGCGGUUUGAUCAAGGGACGGAGCGGAAGGGCGAGGAGGAGAUGUUAGUCACCACAGGCGACGAUGGUGUCGUCAGGCCCUGGCAGGUUAGGAUA